AUGGCCGCGGCGCCCGGAGGGUCUGCGCCGCCCGCCGGCCCCAGCCCGCGCCUGGGUUUCAGCACCGCGGAUAGCGGCGUCGGCAUGAGCGGGCUGAACACCGGUCCUGCCGUGCCCAUGAAGGACCACGACGCCAUCAAGCUCUUCGUGGGGCAGAUCCCGCGGGGCUUGGACGAGCAGGACCUCAAGCCGCUGUUCGAGGAGUUCGGCCGCAUCUACGAGCUGACGGUGCUGAAGGACCGGCUCACCGGCCUCCACAAAGGCUGUGCCUUCCUCACCUACUGCGCCCGGGACUCUGCUCUCAAGGCCCAGAGUGCACUGCACGAGCAGAAGACCCUGCCAGGGAUGAAUCGUCCGAUCCAAGUGAAGCCGGCUGCCAGUGAGGGCCGAGGAGAGGACCGAAAGCUGUUUGUGGGGAUGCUGGGGAAGCAGCAGGGUGAGGAGGACGUCAGACGCCUGUUCCAGCCCUUCGGCCAUAUCGAGGAGUGCACCGUCUUGCGGAGCCCCGAUGGCACCAGUAAAGGCUGUGCCUUUGUGAAGUUUGGGAGUCAGGGGGAAGCUCAGGCGGCCAUCCAGAGUCUGCACGGCAGUCGGACCAUGGCGGGCGCCUCGUCCAGCCUCGUGGUCAAGCUGGCGGACACGGACCGGGAACGCGCGCUGCGGCGGAUGCAGCAGAUGGCGGGCCAGCUGGGCGCCUUCCACCCGGCGCCGCUGCCGCUGGGGGCCUGCGGGGCCUACACCACGGCGAUCCUGCAGCACCAGGCGGCCCUGCUGGCGGCGGCACAGGGCCCGGGCCUAGGCCCUGUGGCCGCAGUGGCGGCACAGAUGCAGCACGUGGCGGCCUUCAGCCUGGUGGCCGCGCCGCUGUUGCCCGCGGCAGCCAGCUCCCCUCCGGGCGGCGGCCCUGGCACGCUUCCUGGUCUGCCAGCGCCCAUCGGGGUCAACGGAUUCGGCCCCCUGACCCCCCAGACCAACGGGCAGCCGGGCUCCGACACUCUCUACAAUAACGGGCUCUCCCCUUACCCAGCCCAGAGCCCCGGCGUGGCUGACCCCCUGCAGCAGGCCUACGCUGGGAUGCACCACUACGCAGCAGCCUAUCCGUCGGCCUAUGCCCCAGUGAGCACAGCUUUUCCCCAGCAGCCUUCAGCCCUGCCCCAGCAGCAAAGAGAAGGCCCCGAAGGCUGUAACCUCUUCAUCUAUCACCUGCCUCAGGAGUUUGGUGAUGCAGAACUCAUACAGACAUUCUUACCCUUUGGAGCCGUCGUCUCUGCCAAAGUCUUUGUGGAUCGAGCCACCAACCAGAGCAAGUGUUUCGGGUUUGUUAGCUUUGACAAUCCAACCAGUGCCCAGACAGCUAUUCAGGCCAUGAAUGGCUUUCAAAUUGGCAUGAAGAGGCUCAAGGUCCAGCUAAAGAGGCCCAAGGAUGCCAACCGGCCUUACUAAUCUACUCUCACUGACCAGCCACAGAAAGAAACUGGGGAGUGAGAAGAAAGGAAAGGAAAAGCACAGAAACGCUUGAGCAGCCCUUCCUGAAGGAGCAGCCACAGAUGGAGGUGGAUCGGACCGAAGGCCGGCGCCUGGGGCUCAGGCCACUUGAAGGAUUGUUUUCAUCGAGUGGGUUGUUCUGUGCCUGUGGCAUAGAGCUCAGACUGGCAAGACAACCGGGGCUGGCUGAGGAUUGACUGUCUAGGGAACCAGCAGAGGACCUUGGGGGUGCCAAGGGCUUCUCCACAAGGGAGGCCCAGAUUUACUUCUUUGAAAAUCAUAUCAUUCCUUAGAGUUUAGGGACCAAAGGACUAUUGCUUUUUUAAGAAUAUAUAUAUCUAUAUAAAUUAAAACAAAAACAAAACAAAAAAAAAAACACAAGAGAAAUGAAAAAGACAGUAUAGAGUCUCAUAAAAGCUGCCUUUAAAUAUCCCUAGGAGACAGGGUGAAGGAGACCCUUGAAAGCCCCAGCAUAGGCAGAGGGAGGCUGUGGAAAUAUUGUUCUGUGUCUCAUUCCCUCUUAACCAUCCCCCCACCCCCUGCCUUUUAAAAAUAAUUAAGGACUUGAGGUCUAGGCUUAUAUGCAGGUAAUAAGAGUUAUGAAGCAGUGAACCCACAAUCCCCAAACUCAGAGAGCAUCACUGAAGAGGCCCCAGGAGGAGCUCUGGCCUGCCCUGGCCUUUGCCACCCUGAGAGGCCCCCUAGCCAGCAGGACUGGGAACCUGCCUUUCCUUCUUGACAGCCUUUCCUGUGGAACCACUGCUUCCCCAGGCAGGAAGAAGGAGGGAGUUUUGGCCACCCCGGCCUUUCCCUUCCCCAUCCGGAUAGACAGAGGCCCUGGCUUUGGCCAAGCCGAGAUACCUCCUGUUUCCCCUCUCCGAGCCAGCCCCAGUGUCCCCUUGCUCCAGGCCACCUUCUGUCUCUAAGUCUGUUUGCCCACCUGUAAAGUAGAUUCAGGAUAUAUGUAGAGGACUGUGACAACAGACGAGGAAGGUUUGCUACUGUAUAUACUGCCAUUGAAAAGGGGAUAAUUUUCAAUAUGUAGAAGCUUCAGAAUUUAGAGGUCCCUCUUUACCCAGGACCUGGGAGGGAAGUAGAUGUUUUGCCAAAAUACUUCUUCAUUCCUUUAAAAAGUACAUCUUUCCUAUGCAAGAGUGUCUCACAUGUGCUUAUCCAAGGUGCUUCUAGAUGGUGAGCAGUGUUCAGCUUAGAAGUGGUGUGUGCUCUGUCUGUCUUUGUCUGUCUAUUGUAUACAGUGGGUGCCAUAUAAAGCUGAUCAAUGGUGGUGCUUCCUGCCUGCUUCUGUGAGAUGGGCAAAAGAUUCAGCUUAGAACACCAUGACUCACCUUGCCUUGGUCAGCCUUUCCUGGGCCUGUAGGGCCUUGCAUAUAUUUUUGCCAGGAGGAUAAUAUCCCCUCCACCCAUAGACGUGGAUCAGGCUAGUCUGGGGCCCCAGCUAUGCGGUGGGCACUCUGUCCCCAGAUGUUUCUGAGGCUGGAAGCCUCUGAUCUGAUAUCACAUCAGACAGUAAAGGAUGUGGGGGUGGGGGUGGAGGGUUCCUCCUUCACAACAGUUUCUAAGAAAACUUGUUCCCACCUGUUCCUCUGUCUUUGACUCGUUUUUGGAGGGAAUGGGAAUGAAAAAUAGAUACAAUAAUGACAUUACCAGGUGUGUGGUGUACAAAUAAUUUCCAACUGAGAGAGGAACCAGCGCUGAGGGCAUCUGUUCACCAGCACAAUGCUGACACAUAGACUGGCCACCCUGGACACAGAUGGAGAUAUGCAGCACCUGCAUAUUCAAACAUAUAUUCACAUGGAGGCAUAGAGGCCCCUCGGCACUAGGCGCUAAGCACUGUGCUAGGAGCUGGGGUUCAGGCAUGUUCUAAGUACUCAGAAUUAGGGGGAAAGACAGACUGAUAAUGCAGUUAUAAUGGAGGGCCACACAGGGUCUGUGACAGCAAGAAGAAGAGUACCUAAUUCCGACUUGAUUGGUAGGGCAGGUCAGAGAAAGAUUUCCUGAUGGAAAUUAAGGAGGGGAAGGGUCUUCCAGGAUGUCCUGGGACAUUUGGACAAAGCCAUUUGGACAGCUGCAUCAUUUUGAUAAAUUAUGUUUAUUACCAAGAAAUAAUCAUGAUUACCAUUUAUUCAGUGCCUAUUAUGUGGUAGACAACGGGCGCAAGACAAGACCCUUUCCCAUUCCUAACUUUACCCUAACUUAACUCAUUACUGACUCAUGUCAAGACACUUGAACCAAAAUGGCGUUUAAAGUAUUUUGUUUCAUGUUAAGCACUGGCAGACCGACUGUGUGCUAAUGCUGUAGGGGCUGGCAGGGUCUAGAUUAGGGGUUGGCAAACUAUGGCCUAUGGACAAAUCCGGCCUGCGGCCUUUUUUUGUAUGGCCUACAAAUUAAGAAUGGUUUUUAUGUUUUUAAAGGAUUGUAAAAAUAAAACAAAACAAAAAAGAAUAUGAGACAGAGACCAUAUGGGGCCCACAAAGCCUAAAAUAUUUAUCAGGUCCUUUAGACAAAAAGUUUGCUGACCCCUGUAAGAUCAUGGAAGACUCGUAUAAUGUCUAAUGAGUUUGACAACAUGGUGUUUGUGUCUCUAUUGUGUGUGCAUGUAUUAGUCUGAAUGCUUUCAGUUGCAAGUGUCAAAAUCCCAACCUAAACAUGGUUAAGUCAAGAGGAAAUUAAUUGGCUUACAUAAUUGAUAAAUCAAAGGAUGUAUCUGCCUUCAGGCAUGGCUGGAUCUAGGGGUUCAAAUGAUAAUAUCUCCAUCUCUUAGCUCUGCUUCCUUUCUAUAUCUGGGUCUCACUAGUUCUAGCUCAAAAGUCCUAGGGAGGACUUUGGCCAGAAUGGACAUGUGCCACCUCUAGGGUGGACGAGUAGGCCACCAUAAUUGACAUCACCAGGACUGUGUAGAGGGGAGAAAUGGGUCCCCAACGGAAAGGAUGAUGGGCAGAUAAACAAUAUGCAUCCACUACAUUCCACCCCCUGAUUGCUCAGCAUCCACCUAUACUUUUUUUGACAAACAUACAAUUUCAAAAAUGUGCCUGCCUAACAAUGCAAUGAUCCUAGGCCCAAUAAAAAACACACUCACUCACUUCCCAGUGGAGGACAAAACAGAAUCAUGUCCAGUUGCUUUAUUGAGUCCUCAGUCCAGGGUCCCUUU